UGGAAAGAACGCAACAAAGAUAACAUAUUUGUAGUUGCUAUUAUUUACGCGACCGAACCGUCGUCAUCGAGAACAAAGCAAUUCCUGGCGAAUAAAUUCAAAUAAAAAAAGAAAAAAAAAAUUCAGUUCCCUAGUUUUGAGCCAUCAGAGUAAUCGAGGGCGAGAGAAUUUGGCAAAUGGCGGCGGAAUGGAAAUUCUCGCAGGUCUUUGGCGAGCGUGCCCCCGGCGAUCCCGUUGAAGAUGGUCAGCAAUUAAUACCUUUUUUCUUAUUUAUUUCUUUUAUAAAAUUUUAAUUAAGUGUAUAAGUUAUGGGAAGAUAAAAGUUUAGAGAAGGAUGCUAAUUUGCUAAAUUUUGGAAAUUUUGGUGACUGUAUUGAUUUGCUUCUAAGGUAAUGAUAGUUAAGGGUUUUCUUUGGCAAUCAUCCAAAAUUAGGGGUGUUUUCUGAUAUUUGCCCUAUUUUUAAACUAUGGGAGACAAGCAGUAAAAUUGGAAGACUAUGAAAUGUAAGUUUUCACAAUCUUUAGGGGUGCACCUGCCCGCCUAAGCUUGUAACAGUUUUCAGCUUGUAACGAUUUUCAGCUAUUUGUUAAGGGGGAACAAAUAGUAAAAUUGGAAGACUAAAAAAUGUAAUUUAUGAAUCUUCACAAUUAUCUAAGCAAGGAACAUAGCAAAAUUUCCAGCUAUUUGUAAUGCGAUUUGGCAACACAUUGGUUGCUUUCUUGCUUGACCUCUAACAAUUUUCAGAUAUUAUCUUUUACGAAGUUAGUUUUCUUGCUCAAGAAGUGGUGUUCUAUUGUUAAGCAGCUGGUAACAAGUUAACUCACUUAAGCAACUGGUAUUUUACAAUGUGCGGGCCUUUUUUUAUUUUUUUAUUUUAUUUAUUUUAUUUUUGAGAGAAACAAUGUAAGAACUGUGGGUUACUAGUUUAGCUCUUUGUUUGUGUAAUGUAAAAUUUAGCUAAAAGUUAAAGCCCUGAUGCUUCACUGUCCUACAUGAUACUGGUCAAGUUAAAGUUAUCUGUUUGCAGUUGAUAUUAUAUCUGCAAUUGAGUUUGAUCGUAGAGGGGAGUAUUUAGCAACUGGAGAUCAUGGUGGUCGAGUCGUUCUUUUCAAAAAGAUAAAUGAUGACGACUUUGAAAGGUGACUUGACGUAUUCAGUUGAUUCGCGAAACAUGUACCAGCAAACUUCUCGGAAAGUGUUGGAAGGCAUGGAUCAUCCUGCUACAGCGAAUCCUAAAUAUGUCUAUAAGACAGAAUUUCAAAGUCAUGAGCCCGAGUUUGAUUAUUUAAAAAGUUUGGAAGUUCAAGAGAAGAUCAACAAACUGAGAUGGUGUGCUGCUCCCAACAACUCUCAAUUUAUCCUUUCCACAAAUGACAGGACGAUUAAGCUCUGGAAGGUGUUGCAACACAAAGUGAAAAAAGUUAAGGAAAUUGUUCAUGUGGACCCAACUCCACAUGUAUUUUCAGAAAAUGUGCUUUUGGCUGAGAAGAGUUUCAUGGCAGGUCAAAGCGAUACAUCUCUUUCAAACUGUUAUCAUCUUGACUUGCUAAAUAAAAACCCUCAGAGUACAUCUCCAAGAUCUCAUGAUGGUCCUAGCAUGGCAUUUAACAUUGGAGAGGGUUUUUCUUCAAGAUGUCAAAGGGUGUAUUCACAUGCUCAUGAUUACAAUAUUAACUCUAUAUCGAACAACAGUGAUGGCGAAACAUUUGUAUCUGCAGAUGAUCUUAGAAUUAACCUAUGGAAUGUGGAAAUCAGUAAUCAAUGCUUCAAUAUCGUUGACAUGAAGCCUUCUGACAUGGAGGAUCUCGUAGAGGUGAUAACAUCUGCGGAAUUCCAUCCCACUUACUGUAAUCUUCUAGCUUACAGCAGUUCACGAGGUUUCAUCCGGCUAGUUGACAUGCGUCGAUCAGCAUUAUGUGACAAAAAUGCAAGAAUAUUACAACAUUGUGAAGCCCAUGGAUCUAGAUCCUUUUUCACAGAGAUAGUUGCUUCUAUCUCCGAUAUAAAGUUUGCUAAAGAUGGGAGACAUAUUUUGAGCCGUGAUUACAUGAAUUUAAAGUUGUGGGACCUGCAUAUGGAAACCUCUCCAGUUGCAACUUUUAAGAUACAUGAGUAUCUUCGACCUAAGUUGUCAGAUUUAUAUAAUAGCGAUUCCAUUUUCGACAAAUUUGACUGCUGCCUCAGCCAGGAUGGAAGUCAGUUUGCUAGUGGCUCUUACAGUAAUACUUUCAAAAUUUUCUCCCGUGAUGGACCCGAUGAAGGGAUUGCAUUGGAAGCUAGCAGACAUCCGAACAGGAUAUCACAUAGUCAUAAUGGUCCUAAAACCACAAGAUUGUUCACCAGAUUUGCUCGUGGACAUAACCAACGAGGUCAUGAGCAUGAGAGUCCGAACACUGAUACAAGCAAUGGGGUUCCAUGUGACGUGACGUCCAAAUUAAUCCAUUUGGCCUGGCAUCCUACAGACAACUUGAUUGCUUGUGCUGCCGCCAACAGUUUGUACAUGUACCAUGCUUAGUGCUCAUAGCUAGAAGCUCAGUGGUUCGAUAAUUUAAUUUACCACUUCAGAAAUCUUCAUCAGCAACAGCUAACGCUGAUCGAUCCAAGAAGAGAGAAAGAAGCCUUGGCAAUGCCAUGACGAAGUUAAACAAUCAUCAGGAAUAUUACCUAAAAUCUAUCAGAAAUUACUUAAAGUUCGAUUUUUGCAUGGUCAUGGUGGUGGUUUAUCAGGUUCUCUUUAUUUGUGACAAGAGGCUCAGGUAUCUCGCGCUUUAUUUGACAUGAAUACUCAGCUACAUGGGUGAAAUACUCGGGGAGAUGGAAAAGUAAUCGAUCUGCAGACCAUAUUUUGUACAUUGUAAAUUGUGGCUGUCAAAGGGUGAACCGAGGAAAGAAGGGGAGGAGGGAGGUGUUCUCCAUCUUGUAAUGUUGAUUUUUUGCAGCUGCUUGAUGUCAAAUCUGUACGCUUUGAAGAUGGUGUAUAUAAUGAUCUCAACAGUAUUAUACAAGUUUGGCCACUUGAUAAGCCUAUUUCUGAAACCAAAUCCCUCUCUCGAUUGAGAAGAGAGUCUCGCGCGUGAUGAUUUCGGACUUCUCUCAAUUGUCUUUGCAGCAACUUUAUUCUAUUACCCAUGUGACCGAAUUUAUUC